UCCCGGGGCUUCGUCCGUGACUCCGCCCCUGUGCCGGCGACGUUCGGGCUCCGUCCCUCGCUUCCCCUCCCGUCAUGCUCCCUGCGGCGGGAGUUUCGGAGCUUCUUUCCCUCCCCCGCCUGUCCCGAAGCCUGAGUGAGGCGGCCUCGAGAGCCGGGUGGAAAGUGUCCACAUAGGUUAAAAUACCUGCAGAGAAUUAAUCCUUGCAAAAAUGGAGACGCAUACAGUUUUCUUGUAGAGGAAUAUACAUAAAGAUAAAUAAAGAUGCUUCUAGGUGAGCAAGAACAAUUCUUGUCCUACAAUGGUGAAGUCCUUAUAUUUCAGCUGUCAAAAACAAAACAUGUGGAGGGAGCAGCUGAUAAAACAAUAAACUUAUGUGUCAGAAGAAUGGCGUUCAACAGACACACUAAGUUGUUUGCUCAAAAGUCUUCUGGAGUAUUCAGCAUUUGUGCCAGUCACUUCAAAACUGAAAUAGUUUGUUGUAGCUGCAUAACGGAUUCCAGAACAGGGAUUAUACUUCCCUGCAUUUUGAUGAAAAAGAAAAAACGGAACAAUAUUGUCAAAUAUCUUUUAUUGUUGCUUCACAGCUCAAAUCAAUUUGAGCAGUCCUUUCAUUUUAAAUUGGAUUAUGAGCUGAAAGAAGACAUCAGGCUGUUUACUGGCCCUUCAGUCUUGUGGAGGCAUGCCAACAAGCUGUUCUACAUCUCUUCCACUACCUGCACAGUUUUAAGUGCUCCUGUUCAGCUUUCUUCUGUUGUGUGGACAGGUGAAAUUGAAAAUGAAGGCACUGUCGUCUUAGGGAUAAGAACUGCUUGCCUGCCAGAGAGUGAAGAUGAGGAUAAGUUUUCCACUUCAGACAGAGCCAUCUGGGGUAGUGAGUUCUUUGGAUAUGCAGUUGAAAAACAAAAAAUUCUCAGUGGCACCUGCUUUAUGCCUCAUGCCUACAGCAGAGUGGUAUCUUCUGUCUAUGUGUGCAAGAAUGAGAUAUUGAAAAAACAGCUCCGAAUAUCACUUGUUGCCGUAACUAACAAGAAUCAGCUUAUUUGGUUCCAAGAUGGUCUCCCUAAAGGUGUUUGUGACCUUCCUUAUGAGAAACCAUGUUCAGUAAUAACAGCUGUAACCAGUAGCAAUGAUUUGCUGUUUGUUGUGUCGUUUGCCUCCGGAAAUACAUGUGUUAUACAGAGGAGAGACAGCUUACAGGUGGCUUCCAAAUGGCAAAAAGUGAAGUCUGUUUUGGUGGAUGAUUUUAUUGGCUCUGGAAGUGAGCAACUGCUCCUGCUUUUUAAGGAUGACUCCAAUACAGAUGUGUUAAGUGCAUUCAAAAUAACAGAUCUUGGAGGGGUUGACUAUGCAAGUGGUAUUAAUUACAAACAUGGUGUUCCUGCUGCAGAAGGAUUGCAAGAGAAUGGUUUACUUACUGUUCAAGCCCUUGAAACGAGAUUACAGGCUGGUUGGAAGUGCGUUAGAGAGCUACAGCAGCACUUACGACUUAAAAAGAGGGUUAUUCUCAAAUCUUGCCAAGCAUUAAUAGAUCUUGUUGAAGGAAGAACCCAUAUUCUACCACCUGCAGAAAAGGAAGGUCUUGUCUCUCUCUGGGAUGAUGUAGAAAAUCCUCAUUCUCUUAGUAAAGAAGCAUCAUUGGCAUCCAAUGUUCCAGAGCACUUCGUAGAGAAAUUGUGGCAGCGUGUGGUGGGUGACAGCUUGGUAGUUGGAGUAAAACUAGUCAAAUCAUUUUACUUGUCACUGAGUGAUGUCAGCCUAUCUUUAGUGCUAAAUCAAGACUUCUCUUCGAUUUCUCCAAUUCUUGAGUGUCGGAAUAAAAUCAUUAAGCUGAACAAAGCCUUCUCAGCAUUGUCUGUCUCCUCAUGUCAAAUUGAGCCCCCUCCAAAAAAGAUGAAAUUGGACUUGCAUAGCAAGAAUGAUCUGAAAAAAGAGUGCCCUAAGAGAUGUUCAAGGGUUCAGCUGGAUGGAGCAAAGACAGUCAUUGCUGUUACCAGCCUUUCACCAUUGUUGGCAUUUCAUCGUGUGUGUUGCACAGUUCUUCUACAUGCGAAGAAACAAGAACAUCAGAAUGGUCAUUUACAGGAGCGCAAAGAGAUCACUGUACUCUGUGGGAAAGUUUGCUUAAGUCUGGAAGAUAUUUCAAAUGGAAAAUAUUCAGUAAAGAUGCUAAGGGAUAAUAGUUAUUGUACAGGUUCCAUGGAAGAUAUACUUUCUGUCCUUGUAGUAUCCAACAGAUUCUGCUUUCAGAUUGUGUCUUCUGACUGCACAUUGACUCCAGUAAAUUCAUGGUUACUGGGAGAAAUGGAGUGCACACCAUUUAAGGAAUGCCAUGACAAUAUAUUCUGUCAUAAAGCAGGAAAUGUGUAUGGUACAGUUUUUAACUGGACCCUGAAAAAUCCAUUUGAAGGAGUUCUGACAUUAUUUUGCAGAAAUCUGACCGUCUUGUUCCAGUGCCUUCAUAGCCUUACUAGAGUUCUCCCACCAAGCUGUGAUGUAAAACUUCUGCGAUCUGGAAGCAAAGGUGUGCUCACUGAACAGUUAGCACUGGCUUUGGAAAAAGAAAUGCUCACCUUGAGGAGUUCUUUCUUCUCAGAAGAAAGUAAAGCUGAAAACAGUUUCACAUGGAGGAAUGAGCCUGGCAAGAAAAUCAGUGAUGCCCCUGUGGCUUCUCUACUGGACAGUGAGGAGGGAGUUCAGCAAUUCAGAAAGAAGCUUCAGAAAGAACGGGAAGAGUGUGUGCUAAGUAUGAAUCAAAUAAUGAAUGGUACCAUUUACCAGCAAGUUGCUUUGAAAAUAGCAGAAGCUCAGCUCAGUUCAGAUAUGAUUGUGUGGAGACUGAGCAAGUCCUAGGGACUAUUAACUAAAUGUAUGUUGAAUAAAUUUUUAUUAAAAUUAUACUAGUAAAUAAUAUUUAUAUUUUCAUGGGUACUUAUAUUACUUUUUAUUCUAUAGCUCGGUUAUUUCUGCAGAUAAAUACUGGUAGUUUGGUUGAUGACUUGUAGCUGGUUUGGCAAGAAAUUGAUAUUAAAGAUAUCUGAGUCAUAGGUUUGUUAUAUUUUAAGUUAUUUUUUUGUAAGUCCUCUUCCAAAUUCAUCAUUAUUGAAUUACAAAUGAACUAUAUCAGAAAUAGUCCUAUUAAACUUGAAAGGUGACUGUUUACACAGAUAGAACUUCAGCUUUUUUGUGGAAAUCUUAAGACAGCUAUAGAAAGGAUCUAAGUUAAGCAACCAAUUUUAAUUCAUAACUUGAGUAUAGCAUUAGACAAAUUCAAAGAAGAGAUAGCUUAUCUUCAAGAUAUAUCAAGCCUUUUAAAUAACUUCUAAUGAUACCACUUGAGAAAGGAAACUCUGAUUGUACCUUGUAGCCUUAUCUUCUAGAGCCCGCCCUUGGAUCUGAGAGAUUUUGGAGUAUUUAUUGGAGCUGGAGAACCAGAUCAAGCCUCUUAGAAAAUUUCAAGAACUCACAUAAAUUCUCUCUAUAAUAAAAUGCCUUCAGGUCUGAGAGAUCUGUUCCUACCCAGAAUCUAGUGGCAGAGCUGAUCUCAUUGCUAAAUCCUAGAGGAAACUGUCCUUCCUUGGAUGUUAGCCUGGAUUCAAUGUCAGAUUUGUUUGCUUGUUCCCUGCGUUCCCAUAAGUGAUUGUCUGCUGAUACAAACUGCUCAGUGGUUUUGGCCUAUCUCAAGUAUUUUAAAUGAUGGGCAAUUCUUUGCUUCUUAUUCUUCCCUUCUCUGGUUUGAACAAGAUACCACCUAUGCAUCCAAGAAGACAAGUGCCUGUGAUCUUGCAGGUGCUACUUGCAGAGGCAGUAACUUUUUAAUCAUUUUUUCUACCAGUUUUGUGAAUGGCAGAAAGCUUAGAAAAUCCCAAAUUGCAAUAUUUUGCUUCCUUUUGUCUCAGCUUUAUGUAAGCAAAACAUUCCUAGUGUUUCAAUGUUGUCAAAAUUUUGCUUUUCAGUUUUCCUGUAAACAAAUUUUUAAUAGUUAACAUCUGCAGCGUGUACUCUGACAAUAAAAGUUCAACAGGAAGAAUGGAAAAUA